AUGGUUUCCAUGGGGCUGUUGACAACAACCGCUGCAUUACUGUCUGCUAGCUAGCUAGCUGGUUGAAGAUCGAUAAGGCGACGUAACAAAUAUUUUGAAGAUGUAUCUUUAGCAUUUGUAAGUGGUUGGUUGACAAGGCCACCAUUAGCUAAAGUGAGCUGGUCAUUAGAGGGAUUCUUCACGGGCUGGUUAGCUAAAUUAGUCGACGACAGUUAGCUUUAACUGACUGUUAGCUGGUUAAUCCAGCAAAGAAAAGGACGACAACGAGAUUCAGCAUUUCCAAGAUGAGCGAACAGUUGAAAUUCAUCGUUGAGCAAAUCAACAAAGAUCCAUUCAAGAAAAACUUUAACCUCAUCACGUUUGACUCUCUCGAACCGAUGCAGCUGCUGCAGAUUUUAAAUGAUGUUCUCGCUGAAAUAGACCCAAAGCAAGCUAUGGAUAUACGUGAAGAAAUGCCUGAACAAACUGUAAAGAGGAUGUGUGUUCUGCUGGGGAUGCUGAAAUACAGGCCUCCUGGAAACCUCUCUGAUGUUAGCACCUUCAGACAGGGUCUGGUGACUGGCAGCAAACCUGUGGUGCACCCUAUCCUCCACUGGCUACUGCAGAGGGUCCAUGAACUGAAGAAGAGGGCUUACCUGGCUCGUUUUCUGGUCAAACUGGAGGUCCCUGCCGAGUUUCUGCAGGAUGAUGUCAUCAAUGACACCUAUCACCAGUAUGAAGAGCUGGUGGAAGGAUUUAAGACAUAUCACAAGGAGUGUGAACAGCUGAGGACCUCCGGCUUCUCCACAGCAGAAAUCAGAAGGGACAUUAGUGCAAUGGAGGAGGAGAAAGACCAACUAAUCAAACGUGUGGAGAGGCUGAAGAAGAGGGUGGAGUCAGUGUCCAACCAUCAACGGAUGCUGGAACAGGCCAGACAGCUGCGAGUGGAGAAGGAGAGAGAGGAGUCCCUUACUCAUCAGAAGCAGGAACAGAAAAACCAACUGUUCCAGGCAGAGCAGAGACUACAGCGAUCACAGCAGCAGUUGAAGGAUUUGCAACAGGCAGCAGCAGAUGCCAAUCCAGAGAGCCUAAUGAAGAGGCUGGAAGAGGAGAUCAAGAUCAACUCCUACAUGGUCUCAGAGAAACUCCCCAAAGAGCUGGAGGGUAUGAGGCGUACAGUGCAGUACCUUCAGAAGGUGGCGUCAGAGCCUGCCAUGGGCCAGGCCGAUCUCCAGGAGCUGGAGGACAAGAUUAAAGAAGCUGAUUCUCAGAUAAACCAGCUGAUUGAGAGGAAGAUGAUGAGAAACGACCCCAUGGACGACAAACUGACCCUUUACAGGCAACAGGCCUCCAUCAUCAUUCGAAGGAAGGAGUCAAAGGCAGAGGAGCUUCAGGAAGCGAGGGAGGAGCUCGCGGCGGCAGACAGGGAGCUGAGACAGAGGAGCAGCCAGGCACAAGCCUCAGAUGGGGCAGAGGUCAUCCGGGGUGAUGAGCUGAAACGUUUGGUGGUGAAAUUGCGGAGCAAGGGAACUGUGUACAAGAAGAAACGUCAGGAAAUUGCUGAGCUGAAAGCAGAAUAUGGAGUCCUGCAACGAACAGAAGAGAUUCUCAAGGAGAGACAUGAGACCGUUCAACAGAAACUGCAAACUGUAGAAGCUGAGAAGGGAAUCUCUGGCUACAGUGACACUCAGGAGGAACUGGAGAGAGUGUCUGCCAUCAAGAGCGAGCUAGACGAGAAGAAGGGCCGCACACUGGAUGACAUGUCUGAAAUGGUGAAGAAAUUAAACUCUAUGAUAGUGGAGAAGAAGUCGGCUCUAGCUCCAAUUAUAAAAGAACUGAGGUCACUGAGACAGCGGUGUCAGGAGCUAAGCCAGGAAUAUGAGGAGAAGAAGGUGCAGUAUGAAAGUUGUGCUGCUGGUCUGGAGAGCAACAGAUCGAAAUUGGAGCAGGAGGUGAAAGCUUUGAGAGAGGAGACAGCACAGGAGGAAAACCAGUACCAUCACAUUAACUCCAUGUCAGAGAUCAUUGAGAUGCAAAUACAGCGGGCGGCUGACGAGAUGAAGGCCUAUGUGUCCUCUGAUCCACAAGAGAGGAAGAAGGCCAUUAGAGAGGUGUACAUGAAGAACAUUUCAGAACAGGAGCUACUUGGCAAGAAGUUACGUGAGAAGCAGAAGAUGGUGAGGGAGAGCCACAGCGCCAACAUGGAGCAGAUGAAGAUGUGGCGGGACCUGGAGCAGCUGAUGGAGUGCAAGAGGCAGUGCUUCAUACGAGCUCAGAGCCAGGCAUCUAUUGGUCAGGUCAUCCAGGAGGGAGGAGAGGAUAGGCUGGUGCUGUGAGGUCAUGUGCAGGCAGAGUCAGCUACAGGUCACCUACAGUACAUACACUAACGGAGCUUAAUGUUCUAUAGCCUCCUGUAACAUAUCUUAAACGUAUGACAGUACAGGGUUGUUAAAUGUAAACUGUAACUGCACACUAUAGUACCUUCAAAUAACAGGUACAAGGUUUGUUUCCUUGUGUUGGUAGGGUUCAGUUUUCCCUCCAUCUUGUCUGUUACACACUGCCAUCGAGUUUCACUUGAUAGUUUAUCUUGUGGAACCAGUAACUUGGUGGUGAUGACACAGUUUAAGAUGCUUUGAGAAUCCACAACUUAAAAAAACAUGUAUCAGGAGGUGUUGCAGGACAAGGGUUUUCACUCUGUCCCGCUGGAGAGUCCUAAUUCACACAUCUUUAAGAAUACACUUUCAAUCAAAGCCUCCAAAGAUAAUAGCAUACAAAGUGGUGCACUUGGGAUGUGGCCAUGGUCAACUAUUUUUGGCAACGACAACCACGACCUUGGACAGAUUGUCUUGCCAAUUUUGGAAUUCACUGGGACCGACAUUGCUUUGGACAGCGCAGAUGUAAUAGUCAGUUUAUUCAAUCUGUUUCUACUAUAUAUAAUAACAUAGUUUA